AUGUCUAAGCCAACCAUCGUUAUUAUCCCCGGAGCGUGGCAGAAGCCGAUUGCAUACGAGGGUCUUGCGAAAGACUUCCGGAAUGUCGGAUACCAAUCCGUAGUCGUGCCUCUGCCGACUGUUGGCGGCACCGAUCUGCCCCUGGCUGGGUUGGCAGACGAUGUGGCCGCCGUGCAGGCAGCUCUGAAGAAGGAGGCGGAGAAGGGGCAGAAGGCCAUUCUGCUGUGCCAUUCGGCUGGUGGCCUGAUUGGCAGCAAUGCUGUCGCCGGAGCCGAUAACGUGGCUGGCAUCAUCUUCAUGUCUGCGUUCAUGAUUCCCAAGGGCAAAGCCAUUCUUGACAUGCUGGGUGGAAACCCGCUGCCGUGGAUGAAGAUUGAGGGUGACCGAGUCACAGGAGUCGCCGAGAUGCUCCCUCAAGUUGCUUUCAACGACUUGAGUGCGGAAGCUCAAGAGAAAUGGGGCAAGGAGAUGACACACACCUCGAUCCAGCUGUUUGGAACGCCAUCCAGCUAUGAGCCGUGGGCUAACGGUGUGCCGUGCGCAUACAUUUUCCUGUCGGAUGACAACGCCCUGCCAUACCCGGUUCAGCAGCAAAUGGCGGCACAGCUGGGACCUGAGCCUAUCAGCGUGACUUUGAAGAGUAGCCACUGUGCGUACCUGAGCAUCCCCGACCAGGUUGUCAGCGCUGUGCAGGAUAUAGAGUCACGUCUGAAGUAG